GAACAGAGCUCGRCUUUCACCUUGGCCGGUCCUCGAGMUCGUCAUGGCUGGGUCGCUGGUACUUCUCAGUUGGGAACAUGUUCUUUUAAUUUUUCUCCUGCAGCAUGCAGGAGAUUGCUCUGUGGUGGAACCAGACCUCUGUGAUCCAAGUUGUUCUGGGCUUUCUUCUGCCGGCCUGUCCUAUCAGGAAGGUGUGAGGUACACUUACAGGUACAGCACAGCCAUCACCACCAGCCUCGGGGGCUCCAACGGGGGCCGGAGCGGUCUGGCUCUGGACUGUGUGGUGGAUGUUGAUGUUGUCUCCAAGUGCCACCUAACGAUGCAGAUAAGGAAUUCACAGAUAAAGCGUCUCUCCCCUCAGAGGGAACACUCUGUCCUGCAUUUAAAACGUUUGAGGGAGUCGCUGGAGAGAACGCGCCUCAAGUUCUCCCUCCAGGGGGGAAAGGUCACGGCCCUCUGCCUCCAGGAGGGGGAGCAGGUGUGGGCUCUCAAUAUUAAGAGGGCUUUACUGAGCAUGCUCCAGACCUCCCACACUGUCAUCAAACUCAAAGAAAAAACUGAGACUGAUGUUCACGGCACAUGUAAAAGCAGAUAUGAGAGGCAAGGACCUUUGUUGCUGAAGACCAGGGAUCUGAAUCAGUGCCAACAGUCCAGACUAACACACUUCUGGCCUCAYUCUGUUGCUCUAACCGAAGACACCUCGUUGCAGAUGGAGCUCAGCUGUGUUCAGCGUCACGGAGAGGCAGUGAUGGAGGAGGUUAACUGCACUGAAGUGGUAUCCAUGCCCAGGACCUCAGGAUUUGUAAAGACUAAGACAGAAUCUGCACUGCUCCUGCUCAAAACACACUCAGGACCUCCUUCAGGAGCAGAAUCUCUGAGUGCUGGUGAGCUGACUGACCUGCGGUUUGAGGACGGCGGCUCUGCAGGGCUGGGAAAAACCAAAGCAUUUACACCACAGAGAGUUGGUCAGUCUGUCAGGUUGUUAUGCACUCUCCACUCAGACCCACAGCUGGUUUCACAGGAGCUGCUUCAGCUGGUGUUCCAGCUGAAAGGUAUGAAUUUUUCUCAACUCAAGACACUUUGGCAUGAAGCAUCCUUCAAGUGCCGGAAUGACUGGCAGCCACUGCUGGAUGCAUUAACAGCAUGUGGCUCUGAAAACUGCAUCAUUCUAUUGACUGACCUGAUUAGGAACAAAGAACUGGAGGAGGGGGAGGCCUACUCCUUCCUCACCCCCUUAGCCCUCAUCCCUCAUCCAUCGCCUCAUAUCAUUGGCUCCAUAAAUGCCUUACUGGAGGUCUCUGAGCUGCAGCCAAAGGCUCUGUUGGUUGGGUCUUCUCUGGUCUAUCAGUUGUGUAAAACAGUUCAGACUUCCUGUGGUGAAAUACCUCAGGUAAAGUCCUUCAUACAGACUCUUGAGAAAACCCUGAAAGUGGGCUGUGAGGAAGAGGAACCGGAUCAAAUUAGGGAGCUUUUCUAUUCGCUGAAAUCAAUUGGAAACAGUGGUUUCUCUGUCUUUGCCCCCCUGCUGAAUGGCUGCAUGCUGAGCCACACUGCUGCUCCGGAGCUGAGACUCGCUGCCAUCCAAGCCUUCAGACGCUUUCCCUGCUCGGCUGAUCGCUCGGUGCUGUUGCAGCUGUACAGCUCUUCCCAGGAGGAUACGGAGGUCAGGAUUGCUGCAUACCAGCAGCUCAUGCUCUGCCCCGACCAAGAACUGUUUGAAGUGGUGAAGACGACCCUGAGGAGCGAGACAUCCAGCCAAGUUGGAUCAUUUGUGUGGAGUCAUCUUUCUAAUGUCCUGAGGAGUGAGGACCCCAUGAAGCAGACCUUAGCAGAGUCACUGCCUGAUGACAUCAUCAGCAGAGAUUUUGAAGCAGAGUUUUGGAAAUAUUCCUCAUAUUCAGACCACACCUUUGCUUCAGGUCUUGGAAUCAAAACUUUGGAAACAUCUAUGAUUUUCUCUCCCAAAUCCUUCCUGCCCAGAUCUGCCUCUGUAAACCUCACAGUGUAUUUUCAUGGCAGGGCUCACAACCUUCUGGAAGUGGACCUUCACGUUGAAAACGCUGAGUCACUUUUGAAGAGCGUUUUUGGUCACGAGAGUGAACCUUCUGCUGAAAAUGGGAAACAGAAGCCGAGACAGAACAGGAGAAAAACAGAUGACGGCCACAGAGGAGAGAAAGAAACGUGUUUGUCCAACACCAACAGAUAUCUGAACCAGGCCAGGGCAAUGUUGUCUGGAAGAAGGACAACAAUGGAGGAAAAAAGGCCCAGGUGCUGGGUCAGUGUAAAGGUGUUUGGAAAUGAGCUCAGCGUGUUUACGUGUGAUGAGAUUCACCAUCGAGUCAGUCAGGUGUCACUCAGCAUGGCUGGACUUGCUGUGAAGCUGCUGAAGGGUCACGAGGUUCAGCUGAGCCACAGGGCUGUGCUGAUGACAGAGGAGCUGCUUUUACCAUCUCUGGCUGGUGUCCCCAUCAAACUGAGCAUCAACAUGACCUCCCUUCUUUCCCUGCAUCUGAAGGGCAACUUCAACUACAGGGACAUGUCUCACUUCUCCUUGAGUGGACACAUCAGACCUGAUGUUUUUGUGGGCCUGUCAGCUAGGAUGGGGGUUGACAGUGUUCUGGGUCAGGCUGCAGUUGAAUGGGUCGCUGAGCUGAGGAGCUACACCAGCCAGGAUGGUAGCAUCCAGCUACAGGAAGGGCGGGACAUCAGGGUCACGCUGAACACACCGCAGGACCUGUUGGACAUCAUUUCUUUCAGCUCCAGAUUAUUUCAGCUCAGCGGAAACCACAGAGAGGAGAUCAAGGGGCCAAAAAGUCGAGUCCACAACACCUCCUGCACACCAAAAGCCUGGUCUAAAAUGAUCGGCUGGCAGCUGUGCUCCAAUGUCUCCUAUCCAUCUCUUACUUCUGGUAUCACUAUCCCCUCUCCUGGACCGGUCCACCUCUCCCUCAGGCUGCUGAAGCUAGACAGAGGUCUGCAUUACUAUCUGCUAGAAGCUGCCUACUCUCUCCAUCAUCAGAGAGGCUCCUGGUUCCCCACAGAGGCCUCCGUCCACCUCCUUCUGUCCACGCCACAGUCCUCCAUCCCCAGAGACAUGUCCCUGGACCUGGCCUUCAACUCUCACAGAGUGCUGCUGAGGAUCACUCAUCCUCUGAAAACCAUCCUCAUACAAGGACAAUUUGAACGAGAAAAGAACAUCAAGUCAGGGAAGCUGGAGCUUGUGAUUGACAGUGUUCAUUAUUAUGUCAUGGGUUUGGUUAAAACCCACACCCUCAUGUCUGAGCUGAGGACACAUUAUCAUUUUGAGGCUAAAAUGUCCGCAGACAAACACCCAAUAAUCAUAUCUGCUAACAUUACCCGUGGUCUCGGCAGGAGGACUAUCUUUUCUGCUGCUGUGAAGAAUGUGUUCAGAGAAACCGCAUCACUCUCAGUGGCUCUGGAGCGCCGCUGGGAUGGCAGCAGCAGCCAGUACUCAGGGGAGGCGGAGCUCCUUUUACCUGGACUGGUGGGCAGCAGGAUGCUGGGACUGAUGGAGCAGAGGGGGUCAUUAUGGACCUCUGUGUUCAGGCUCAAAUAUGGCUCAGGGGGUGAUGUGAGGAACCUGCAUCAGGAGUGCUACACGUCUCAGAGACUGAGAAGCGGGAAGGCCUCAAAUCUCACGUACAUCCUGGGAGCUGACCAUGAGUUUUACUGCAGCAACAGCGCUCCCAUUAACCAUAAGCUCCACUUCAAGCAUGAAGAAAGCUCCAGCCAUAUUAAAUCAGUCCUGGAUGUGAGCUACGGCAAACACUGGGAUGAGAUCAACAACAAACACACGCUCUUCCUGAGCCAGUCCUUCAACAACCAGUCCACACUGAAUCACACCAGCUACAGCCUGGAGUUUAAUCUCCGGUUGCCAGCGAGAGAUUUAAACUACAGGACUCAACUCCUGCACUCUCACUUCAUUCAGCCUGCUUCUGAAAGCAGCACUCAUUUAAAAAUCAAUUACAAUGACCUCAUGCCUCUGGUGGCUGGAUUACACUGGAAAAGCUCUUCAAAAGACUCCGUUCGGAAAAAAUGGGAGGGCAUGCUGACCAUGGACACACCGUGGCUUUACCUUUCCACCACCCACAAGCUGAGCCGGCUGCAGCUCCACACCCUGCAGCUCACCUCCGAGCUCACAGCCAGCAAGUGGCUGAGCAUCCGGAACCUCGUCCUUCAGGGUUCUUACAGGAGCAGGAGCAGAGAGAAGGAGGCCCRUUUGGCGAUUUACUCCCCAGCUGGCAUUUACCUCCAAGCAGGGGUGUGGGGUGUGGUGGGGAACCGAGGGAUGAAGGCCUCUGGCUCCUUUGGCUCUCUGUGGACUCUUCCUCUGAGAGGAAACGUCUCUCUGGAGGUCUCUAAAGCCAGCCGCUCCCUGCAGUUGAGCACCUCAUAUGGCAAGCAAAACAUCAGCUUUGCUGCUUCUCUGAACACAGCUGAUAAGAGUUUAAGAAAGAAGCUGAUGAUUGUAAGGAUGAGCUGGUCGAAGCCAAAGAGUGAAACCUCUGAAGUGGAGAUUGAGGGGGUGGUGGAGGAACUGAGGAGGGACAAGGACAUGUACCAGAAAACUGCUCUGCUGCAUCUCAGGCAGCCCCUCCAGAACUUUCCUCAGUCUCUCCUCCUGAGGGAAACCUUCACCGUUGACCUCCUCAAAGACAUCUACGUUUUGGAGUCCAAAGCUAAACUCUAUGGUAGCAGAGAAAUCAUCCACACCCUGACUCUGGGCUAUAAACCAACAAACCUAUUUGUUUGUUCUGAACUGAUCCAUCCAUUCAGCUCUGACUUGAUUCCAUCAGACUCAGAAAUGUGUGUGACUCUAACCAAGAACCAGACCCACAGAGAUGUACGAGGGAGGUUACGACUUGGGAACAAAGAGAAACUGAAUAUUUUUGGGCAACUUCAGCUGAACACUUUGCGAUCAAACCAACAAGCUAUAAAAGUUAGAGCCAACUUCAUCCACCAGCUGCAGCUGCAGCUUCCCUCCUCAGCUGUAAUGGAGGGGGAUAUGAGCUGGAACCAAAAAAACAACACUGGAUUUGAUUGUCAGGCCAGAGGGAAACUGAGAGUGGAGCAAAAGGAAUGUCAACUUUCAGUAAAGCUGAACAGAACAUCAGACAGAGUCACCCUGCUUUCAUCUAUCAGACAUCCCUUCAAAUCAAAAAUUCCCAAAACAUUAGAAGUAAGAGCCACUGCAGAGACAAUGGUGUCUGGGAAAAAGAGCAGCACGGUGUUCAUAAAGACUGAUGGAAGAGACAGAGUGAUGCUGGAUGCCCAGAUGUCCCAUUCCAUCUGGAGAGGAGACAGAGCGCUGGGACUGAGACUGAAUCUGUCCCAGAACCUGCUGCCAGCAGUCCCUGUCCUGCAUUUAAACAUGGCUGCCAACAUGUCCUCAGACAGAAUGUUUUUGAAUAGCUCCUUCACACAGGGACARGAAACUUUACUGGCUCUGGUUAAGGGGUCUUUUAAAAACUCCCAGUUGGUGUUAUCAGGGGAUUUGAGGCAUUCCAUGUCCAACUUUAAAAUUUUACCCUCGCUUCUGGAUCUGGAUGGAUUAUUUAGGCAGUCUGACAACUUGAUUGAAGGACGCAUGAGAGUCCGAGUGAUGGAUGCGGUUCACAGCAUAGAGCUGAGACAUCAGGGCCCAGCUGCAGGAAGUCUGGAUGAAGCGGAGGGCUUGUCAGGAGGRAAGUCUCAGGACUGGCUGUACGUUCGGUCCGGAACAGAACAUUUCUGUGUGAACAUCAGCCGGCAGUUUGUAAAUGACAGAAAGGGGGAAAUCUUUGUGCAACUAUCUCACUCUUCCCGUCUGCUCAGCACCACAGGUGUCCCUUCCAACAGCAGUGCUCAGGUGAGGUGGAUACAGGAUGAUGCUCUGCUCUCAGUCCUGGCGGAGCUGCAGGCGGGAUCUGAAAACCUUAAAGCUGAGUUUCACCGAGSCAGAACCGGCCUUCGAUGGCAGUGCUUCUCCAGGCUCCAGCACCAAGUCAGAGCCAUGCAGAGGAGAGGGCUGUUCAGUUCUGUUCAGGCCAGAGCUCAUUACCAGUUAGAAACAGAAGGACUUGCCUCAGGUCUGGUCCUUCAUGUGGAAGAAAAGAAAAUUGCUSAGAUGAUUUUUAAUGCUGGAUCCAAAAACAGAACAGCUGUUUUAGUUGUGUUCAUGUGGCAACAGAUGAAACUGCUCCAGGGUCUCAUCCCCACUUCUUUACAGAUGAACUGCACGGGGGAUGCCACUGUGGACCACCUCUCAGCUCACUGCCUUGGAAACGUGACAAACCGCCCUGUGGAGACUCUCCUGCCUGCACAGGCUUCAGUCAACAUCUCGAUCACCCGUUCUUCUUGUUUCACUGAUCUCAGCUCGGUGCUGCUCACAGACGGCGUGCAGAGAGGCACUUUCAGUCUGACUUAUACGUGCCACCCUCAUCAUCACCAUCAUAGUCUGAAGGCUUUUGUUCUGCACUCUGUAAAAGCCCUGGAGAUGCUGCACGUUCCCACUGAUGGAGUUCUACUUCUCAAUGUCACCGCUUCACGUUUACCUGCUGUGGAUUUUGGAUUAGAACUGGGACGUUGUUAUUUUAGGGGGGCUUUGGGUAAAACAACUGAUUCACAGGAAGAAGUUAAACAUUUUUACUCUGUUAAUGUGACCAGCUGCUGCCCUGUGGUUCAGGGAACCAUCCUGGCCCGGUCCCUGGCCCUACAGGGCCUCCUGUUGGUCACUUCCUGUCAGGUGACUGUGUCCUCCUUGCUGAGGACAGACAACCAGGACCUGUCUGUGGAGCUCAGUCAGUCCUGCAGGACCCCACAUCUCUCUGGGACCCUCACUCACUCCUUCCCUGGCCUGAAGAGUCUGGGUGUGCCACAGAUUAUCACCAUGGAGGCUGACGCUCCUGAAGGGCCUGAGAAGGCCAGGACUCUGCUUCUGAAAAUUGGAAUGUGCUCCAUUAGAGCAAAAAAAGUCUCUGAGGCCAGAGGAACGCCUCAGGAGCUAUGGGCUUUAGAGUCAACAUGUCCGGUGUUGCAGGCUCAUGUGAAUGGCUCAGUUCAGUUGCAUCCUCGAGGUUCCUGGACCUGUACCCUGGACUCUGACGUGAACGGGAGAAGGUUUUUCCUGAGGUUUGACAUAAAGCCCUGGCCAGAGCUGAGCCUGGAGGCUGUGUUCAGACAAGAUGUCCCUGCUCUCCAAGCUCUGCCCAGAAGCAGCAGACUGAGGUUCACCAGCAGCCAGGGAAGUAAGCAGCACCGUGCAGAAGUUCUCAUCCUCGUGGACGAGUGUGUCAUCAGAACCAGUGGAGCUGUGGUGUCACAACUGGGCCUGCAGGUGUCAGCAGUGUAUCACAACAACUGCUCCAUGAUCCAGGAGUGGGGUAGUCCGAACAGGAUGCAGGCUCUUGGGUCACUGGUCGUCUCCUCAGCCACUGUUAACUCUCGUAUCUCCAUGGAGAUGGAUGAUUCUGAGCUACAUGCUGCAUUAGCUGCCAGAAAGUCUCAGGAUGAAAGUGAAGCAUCUCUUCAUGUGAAACAUUCUGUGGUCCUGUUGGACAAACUGGGCCUGCCUGAGAACACUGCGCUGAAUAUAUACUCUGGCAGCAAAAACAGCGGGUCAUACUUUCUGCUGUGCAACGGCAGUGUCAACAAUCAAAAGUGGCUCGGUUCCAUCAAAGGAGRUUUGUUUCAGCUUCAGUCCAGAGCACAGCUCAGUCUGACCGGACACAACCUGCUCACAUCAGGCCUGAAUUUCAGUGGGCCUGACUGUCACCUKGAGGCACACCUCUCCUUCUCACCUUCAGCUGUCAAUCAAACAAGGACACGACCCAAACAUCACACGGUCCUGACUGCUCAGUUUAAAGGAACUCAGAGGAGCACCUCAUUAGACAUUCACCAUCAGGACUGGAGGGUUCGAGUGACAGGGGAAAUCAACGCCUGGGGGGCACAUGGAGGUCCCAAGGARGCCAGGAUCACACUGAAACACACUGUACAAGAACAAACUAGCCCAGCCCUUCAGGUGGAAGCCUGGGGAAGACUUACCGAGUCUCACAUAAGGUGUUCCAUGGCCAUAAAUCCAGAGUCAAGCCCUUCCCUCGCAGUCAUUGUUCAGGGACACAACACGUCUCAUAG